AUGGGAGAUGCUGAAGCAGGCAAGAAGAUCUUUAUUGAAAAAUGUGCUCAGUGCCACACAGUGGAAAAAGGUGGAAAACACAAGACUGGUCCAAAUUUCUGGGGCCUUUUUGGACGAAAAACAGGACAAACACCAGGAUUUUCUUUUUCUGAUGCUAACAAAAACAAGGGUAUUAUCUGGGGGGAGGAAACUCUGAUGGGAUAUUUGGAGAACCCAAAGAAAUAUAUCCCUGGAACUAAAAUGGUUUUUGCUGGUCUUAAAAAGAAGAGUGAGAGAGAAGAUCUUAUUCAGUAUUUGAAAUGGGCAGCAUCUUCAUGA